AUGCAGGUCUUGACAGGAUUGAACAUCUUGCUUGCGCUCGCCACGGCCUCGAAUGCCCGGCCCUUGAAGCGCACCAACGAAGUCGAGAUCACUUUCAUCGGCGCAGCCAAUGCCCAAUUCACCGAGAACUUCCCUAUCGAUGGCUCGACGGUGUCCAUCUCAAACGUACUGAGCAUCUCGCACAUCUCAUCCCCGGACGCAAACGUCCAGUGUACUUUCAACGGCAUCGAUCAUAGCGUCACGAACGUCGAUGGAGCCGAGCUUGUCGACGUCGGCCCACCCCAGACGCAGAUCUCUGGAUCGUGCUCCGCAACGGGCUCGGGAUCAUCUACUCCUCCUCCUUCUGGUGGAAAUCAGGGGGGCAACGGGGGCAACGGGGGCCACGGACAUGAUCACAGCGUUGAGGUUGUUUUCAUUGGUGCGGCCAAUGCGGAAUUCACUCAGAGCUUCCCUGUGAAUGGUCAAUGGACGCAGAUCACUAAUGUUCUGAGCAUUUCUCAUAUCCAGUUGGAUAAUGCGGGCUUUACUUGUACCUUUGACGGUAUCGAUCACAGUGUGACUACUGUGACUGGGGCGGAGUUGGUUGAUGUUGGUCCUCCUCAGACCCAGGUUUCUGGUUCAUGUCGGGCGAUUUGA